AUGUACGAGGAUAAUAAAAUUUAUGCGGUGAUUAAGAAAGUGGGCUACGCCUCGCCCACCCCGAUUCAACGGCAGGCCAUCCCGGUGGGUCUGCAUUACCGGGACAUUAUCGGCGUGGCGGAGACGGGCAGCGGGAAGACGGCGGCCUUCUUGAUCCCGCUGCUGACCUGGAUCACCUCGCUGCCCAAGAUGGUGCAGCACGUCGACAUCGACCAGGGUCCGUACGCCAUUAUUAUGGCGCCGACGCGCGAGUUGGCGCAGCAGAUCGAGGAGGAGACCAUCAAGUUCGGCACGCCCCUCGGCGUCCGCACCGUCGCCGUCAUCGGAGAAAGGAGAGUCGUCGUUGUGCUGUUCUUUGUGGGCGGCGACGUGUGUGACGAGGGCGAUGUGGAAACCCGGGUGCGGCAGGAGCGUUGCGAUGCGGGAAUGCUGGCGAGUAGUCCAGCUCCAGCUGGGCCGUUGCCCGAUGAGCUGCGUUCCAUGUGGCAUGGAGCGAAACUCUUCGUGCAGCGGCUUGGCUGGAUUGAUUUCCAGAUUAUGCAAUCUGCACCAAUAUUCCCACCGAGCACCUUGCUGGAUAGCUUGGAUGUGGACCAACAUGAGCUGGAUGGGUUCGAUUGUUUAAAAAAGCGGGUGCUUGAUGGAGGAGGAUUCGAGCCGCCGAUUAUUAUUUUCGUCAACCAGAAGAAGGGCGCCGAUGUGCUGGCCAAGGGCCUGGAGAAGCUCAACUACUCGGCCACCACCCUGCACGGCGGGAAAUGGCAGGAGCAGCGUGAGUUCGCCCUGUCCUCGCUGAAGAACGGGAGCAAGGACAUUUUAGUGGCGACGGACGUGGCCGGGCGCGGCAUCGACAUCCAGGAAGUGUCCCUGGUGAUUAACUACGACAGCUGUAUAAGCAAUUGCAGUUGA